AUGGCGUAUAAUCAAGGGUACGGAGGUCAACAACAAGGGUAUGGAGGUCAACAGCAAGGUUAUGGAGGAUACGGGCAGUCGCGUGGACCUGGUGGGUGGCAGGCAGGUCCCCCGCAGGGACCGCCUCCAGGCGCGGAUCCACAGCUGUGGACCUGGUUUAGCUCGGUCGAUUCGGAUCGAUCUGGAGCUAUCAGUGCCAACGAGCUGCAACAAGCGUUAGUCAAUGGAGAUUGGUCUCCAUUUGAUUUGGACACUGUCAAGAUGUUAAUGAGCAUUUUCGAUACUGAUCGGUCCGGGACGAUUGGGUUCAACGAGUUCUCUGGGCUCUGGCGGUACAUCAAGGACUGGCAAGGUGUAUUCAAACAUUUCGACCGGGACAACUCUGGAUCUAUUGAUGGUCAGGAGCUGUCGCAAGCCAUGAACCAGUUUGGCUAUCCGUUGAACCCACAGCUUUUGGACUUGGUGCAGCGGAAAUAUGACGUCAAAGGCGCAGCGCCGAUCCCAGGAGGACCCCCUCCUGGUAUCACAUUCGACCGAUUUGUGAGGGCUUGUGUUGUGGUCAAAUCCUUGACCGAAAGCUUCCGCCGACUUGAUACGGACCGUGAUGGCUGGAUCCAGAUCAAUUAUGAUACGUUUAUCCACACCUGCCUGAGCGCACCGUAA